CUGCUGCUGCACGCCGCACAGGUGCCAUGCCUUCUCAGGCGCAGGCGCUGCUGGACAACCUGGUGCCGCAGACUGCGCAGGUACCCACAUACUCACUCCAUCUGCUGCUGCACGCCGCACAGGUGCCAUGCCUUCUCAGGCGCAGGCGCUGCUGGACAACCUGGUGCCGCAGACUGCGCAGGUACCCACAUACUCACUCCAUCUGCUGCUGCACGCCGCACAGGUGCCAUGCCUUCUCAGGCGCAGGCGCUGCUGGACAACCUGGUGCCGCAGACUGCGCAGGUACCCACAUACUCACUCCAUCUGCUGCUGCACGCCGCACAGGUGCCAUGCCUUCUCAGGCGCAGGCGCUGCUGGACAACCUGGUGCCGCAGACUGCGCAGGUACCCACAUACUCACUCCAUCUGCUGCUGCACGCCGCACAGGUGCCAUGCCUUCUCAGGCGCAGGCGCUGCUGGACAACCUGGUGCCGCAGACUGCGCAGGUACCCACAUACUCACUCCAUCUGCUGCUGCACGCCGCACAGGUGCCAUGCCUUCUCAGGCGCAGGCGCUGCUGGACAACCUGGUGCCGCAGACUGCGCAGGUACCCACAUACUCACUCCAUCUGCUGCUGCACGCCGCACAGGUGCCAUGCCUUCUCAGGCGCAGGCGCUGCUGGACAACCUGGUGCCGCAGACUGCGCAGGUACCCACAUACUCACUCCAUCUGCUGCUGCACGCCGCACAGGUGCCAUGCCUUCUCAGGCGCAGGCGCUGCUGGACAACCUGGUGCCGCAGACUGCGCAGGUACCCACAUACUCACUCCAUCUGCUGCUGCACGCCGCACAGGUGCCAUGCCUUCUCAGGCGCAGGCGCUGCUGGACAACCUGGUGCCGCAGACUGCGCAGGUACCCACAUACUCACUCCAUCUGCUGCUGCACGCCGCACAGGUGCCAUGCCUUCUCAGGCGCAGGCGCUGCUGGACAACCUGGUGCCGCAGACUGCGCAGGUACCCACAUACUCACUCCAUCUGCUGCUGCACGCCGCACAGGUGCCAUGCCUUCUCAGGCGCAGGCGCUGCUGGACAACCUGGUGCCGCAGACUGCGCAGGUACCCACAUACUCACUCCAUCUGCUGCUGCACGCCGCACAGGUGCCAUGCCUUCUCAGGCGCAGGCGCUGCUGGACAACCUGGUGCCGCAGACUGCGCAGGUACCCACAUACUCACUCCAUCUGCUGCUGCACGCCGCACAGGUGCCAUGCCUUCUCAGGCGCAGGCGCUGCUGGACAACCUGGUGCCGCAGACUGCGCAGGUACCCACAUACUCACUCCAUCUGCUGCUGCACGCCGCACAGGUGCCAUGCCUUCUCAGGCGCAGGCGCUGCUGGACAACCUGGUGCCGCAGACUGCGCAGAACAUGUACACGAACGGCACGGCGCGGCACAGCCGACAGGACAGCCCCGACUACCUCACUCUCAACACGCAGAUCGAAGAGGCCAGGGCGGCGUCGCAGGAGCUGGACGCGCGGCGCAGCUCGCUGGCGGAGAAGCUGGCGCGCAAGCAGCGGCGCCGCGACAAGAAGCGCAAGAAGCUGCAGCGCGAGCGCGGCGACGCGCUCGACGAACACGACGCUGAAGACAUGGCGGAAGCAGUGGAGGCGACGGCGGCGCCGGAGGAGCUGGCGCGUGCGGGCCCCAGUGCCGGCGCGCUGGACGCGGACGAGCGCCGCCAGGAGGAGCUGCGCAAGCGCGCGAGGGACCCGCCUAUCGUCUUCUCCGACAUCGACGGCGUGCAGGAGUACGAGAAGCUGGCGGCGGCGCUGGCGGGCGCGCAGCUGUCGCCCGAGGAGCGCCAGAGCCUGGACGAGCUGCAGCAGUACCUGGUGCACGGCGAGGGCAGCUGGGUGCUCGGCGACGACUUCCUCGCCUUCGUGGGGCGGCUGCUGGGCUGGGCGGAGGCGGGCGUGCGCGUGGCGGCGCUGCGCUGCCUGGCGGCGGCGGCGCUGCGCGAGGACGUGUCGCUGCUGCUGCACCAGGACCGGCGCCACCACGCACUGCUCAACUACGCGCACGCCGUGGACGCGCUCUCGCUGCCCGAGCAGCAGGCGCUCGCGCUCUUCCUGUGCAACCUGUUCGAGAACAUCUCGUCGUCGGAGUGGCUGCUGUACAUCAGCGAGUGGGAGCACAACGGGCAGCCGCUGUCCAACAUCCGCGCCACCACUAAGGUGACGGUGCACGCGUGCCUCAGCGCCGACCCCGAGCUGCGCGACGUGGGCACGGCGCUCAUGUACAACAUCGCCACCAAGGAGCGGCUGGGCGCGGGCGCGGCGCUGCGCCGCCUGCUGCCGCGCCGCGCCAAGAGCAAGGUGUUCGACGAGGUGUGCGUGGAGCUGGCCAUGGCGCUGCUGCAGCUGCUGCAGUGGGCGCCGGGCGAGGAGCAGCUGUGGCGCGCGUGCCGGGCGCUGGCGCGCUUCGUGGCGCACUCGCCCGACGUGCCGCAGCUCGUCGCCAUGGUGGGGCCCGACCCCGCCGCCUUCCGGGGUACGAGCCCGCGUGUGGACGAGCAGAUCGAGCUCAUCAUGAAGCACGUCAAGUAGCGGCGCCGGCGCCCGCACACCUUGUACAUAUACCAUUACCUGAUAGUACUAAUGUAUGUUAAGGCCAAAUUUAGCGUAAGUACCUGAGCUUAAGACGAGCUUCGAUUAUGUCAAUUUGAUACACACGAAUGUAUUUAUUGUAUUUAUAUUAUGAUUGCUGCUAGCACUAACACGCGGUGACUGCGGUGCAUUUACACUAUAUGUACGUAUAUUGUAUAGUUAUGUUAUAUAGUUGCAAAAAAAUUAAAUCUGUGGGAUAUUGA